GGGAGUGAGAGUUGUAAGAUGAGGAAUUGAUUAAAGAUAAUCAGGAGAAAGAAAAAUUCUGAGAAGACAAAUCAUGUCAGAAUUGUAGAAACCCCCAAACAAAAAUUUAAAGAAAAAAAUAAAUAUUUCACCUGCACUCAGUGUGGAAAGUGUUUCACACACAAAAAUCAUCUCGAGCUUCACAUUCACAUUCAUACUGGAGAGAAACCGUUCACUUGUGAUCAGUGCGGGAAAACAUUUUUGAGCGCUUUAGUCCUGAAGAAACACCUGAGAGUUCAUACAAAGAAGAAGCCACAUUAAUUUGUGUGGAAAGAGUUUUUUGCACCCAGAACAUCUAAAAGUGCAUCAGAAAAUGCAUACUGGUCUGACAGAAUACAUGUGCUUUGAGUGUGGGAAGACUUUUAGUUCCGAGAGCAGUUUAAAAAUGCAUGAGAGGAUUCACACUGGAGAGAAACCAUACAAGUGUUCUCACUGCGACAAGAGAUUCAUUCAGUCAGGAUCCCUGAAAAGACACAAGAGGAUCCACACUGGAGAGAAACCUUACACAUGUGAGCAGUGCGGGAAGAGUUUCACACUAAAAUCAAACCUUACAGACCAUAUGAAGGUUCAUACUGGCGAGAAACCGUUCACUUGUGAUCAGUGUGGAAAGAGUUUCCCGUACUCAUCGACCUUUAAGCAUCACAAGGAGAUUCACACUGGAGAGAAACUUUAUGCAUGUGAUCAGUGUGACAAAACAUUUUUGAGAGCUUCAUACCUGAAGCAGCACCUGAGAGUUCAUACAAAGAAGAAGCCACAUUCAUGUCAUUUGUGUGGAAAGAGAUUUUCACGUCCAGAAUAUUUAAAAGUGCAUCAGAAAGUUCAUACUGGUGUGGGAGAGUACAUGUGCUUUGAGUGUGAAAAGACUUUUACCUUUGCGAGCAGUUUAAAACUGCACCAGAGAAUCCACACUGGAGAAAAACCUUACAAGUGUUCACACUGUGACAAGAGAUUCAGUGAUUCAGGACAGCUGAAAACACAUGAAAGGAUCCACACUGGAGAGAAACCUUAUAAGUGUUCACACUGUGACAAGAGAUUCAGUCAUUCAGGAAGUCUGAAAGCACAUGAGAUGAUCCACACUGGAGAGAACCCGUACGCAUGUGAUCAGUGCGGGAAGAGUUUCACACUAAAAGCAAACCUUACAGACCAUAUGAAGAUUCAUACUGGCGAGAAACCGUUCACUUGUGAUCAGUGUGGAAAGAGUUUCCCGUACUCAUCGACCCUUAAGCUUCACAAGAAGAUUCACACUGGAGAGAAACUUUAUGCAUGUGAUCAAUGUGACAAAACAUUUUUGAGAGCUUCAUACCUGAAGCAGCACAUGAGAGUUCAUACGAAAGAGAAGCCACAUUCAUGUCAUUUGUGUGGAAAGAGUUUUUCACAUCCAGAAUAUUUAAAAGUUCAUCAGAAAGUUCAUACUGGUGUGAGAGACUACAUGUGCUUUGAGUGUGAAAAAACUUUUACCUUUGCAAGCAGUUUAAAACAGCAUGAGAGGAUCCACACUGGAGAAAAACCUUACAAGUGUUCACACUGUGACAGGAGAUUCAGAGUGUCAGCACAUCUGAAAAGACAUGAGAUGAUUCACACUGGAGAAAAACCUUACAUGUGUUCACACUGUGACAGGAGAUUCUGUGUUUCAGGACAGCUGAAAACACAUGAAAGGAUCCACACUGGAGAGAAACCUUACAAGUGUUCACACUGUGACAAGAGAUUCAGUCAGUCCGGACAUCUGAAAAGACAUGGGAUGAUCCACACUAGAGAGAAACCACACCGUGAUCAGUGCGGGAAGAGUUUUGCAAGAAAAUGGUGCCUUACGGACCAUAUGAAGGUUCAUACUGGAUAGAAACCAUUCACCUGUGAUCAGUGCGGAAAGAGUUUUGCACACUCUUCGACCUUUAAGCAUCAUAUGGACGUCCACACUGGAAAAAAAAUGUACAAUUGUUCACACUGUGAUAAGAGAUUGAUUCAUUCAGCAAAACUAAAAAUACAUGAGAGGAUCCACACUGGAGAGAAUCCUUAUCACUGCACUACAUGUGGGAACCGUUUCAAACAUUUAUCUUCUCUACAGUCAUACAGAAAACAAUCACUGUAAGUUUAUCAUCUUCAGAUCCAGCAUUUUCAGAUCUGAUGCCACGUCCUCACCAAAUGUAUGGAUACUCAUCCAUACUUGUAAGUCAGUUGGAGAAAGCGAUUCAGCUCAUUAGUUUUCACUUUUACUUAGCUUGUUUCUGUAUUUGCUGAUUAAAA